AUGAGUGUAAGUUUUUCCGACAACCACAACUCCAUAAGACGCGAGGAGUAUAAUAAUAAAAACUUAGAGGAGGUUCGUAGCUUUGAUGGUGUUCUUAGCUUAGAGGAGAUUGGCAUUUUUACAUCGAUGGUGUCCAAUCUUAAGGACAACAACAAGAAUAACAGAAUUACAAGUCCAUCUAUAUUGUUUGCUAAUAGUGUGUGGAUUGAUCGAAGUUUUAGUUUGAACCCUUCUUAUAAAAGGAUUUUGAUUGAAAACAAGUCAAGUCAUCUCAUGUCGAGUUUAGUAGCUGAUCAAGUGAUAGAUGAAGUAAAUUCAUGUGUCAAAAAUGAAACCAAGGGACUCAUCAAGAAUUUCCUUCCUCCUGGAUGUUUAUAUGGUGACACUGCACUCCUCUUUGCAAAUGCAUUAUACUGCAAAGGACAAUGGGAUCAAAAAUUCGAUAAAACACGUACAAGAAACAUAAAUUUUCAUCUUCUCGAUGGAGAGAUUGUUCAAGUUCCUUUCAUGACAAGCAAAAGAGGCAGUCGUCAUCUUUACGAAUUAUUCGGUGGAUAUAAAAUCCUCAGUAUUCCAUAUCAAGGUAGUAACUUCUCUAUGUACUUUUUUCUUCCAAAUGAAACAGUUGACUUGCCAAAACUAGUCAAGAAGCUCAAGUAUCCAACCCUGGAUUCAUGA